AAAAAGGGGAGAUUGAUCAUGCUGAUCUCCUCACAAGCAUGGAUGAACAGAUAUCAAGAGCUAAAGAAGAAGCUGCUAGCAGGAAGGUGAUCAUGGAGAAGGUUGAAAAGUGGAUAUUGGCACGUGACGAGGAGCUAUGGUUAGAAGAGUACAGCACGGAUGAAAAUCGCUAUUCUGUUAGCAGAGGUGCUCAUAAGAACCUUAAAAGAGCUGAGCGAGCCAGAGUGAUGGUCAACAAGAUACCAGCUUUGGUGGACUUGCUGAUAUCAAAGACUAAGGACUGGGAAGAUGAAAGAAAGAAAGUCUUCUUGUAUGAUGAGGUUCCUCUAUUGGCAAUGCUUGAAGAGUACCAUACGUUGAGGAAGGAAAAGGAAGACGAGAAACAAAGACAAUGGGAACAGAAGAAGGUACAGAGUAAAGUAGUAGCCGAGCCUGACAGCCCAUUUGGAAUAAGGCCAGGCACCAGCAGUCGGCGUCUUUCUGAUAAAAGCAUAAACGGAGGCUUCGGAAGUGCAAGCCUUCUAAACAGAAAAUCUUCCCUCGGCUUACAGCCCAUGGGACCAAACAGCAUCAACUCACCAAGUCAAGGCAUAUCUUCCAUAAACGGAGGAAAGAAAACAAACAGGCAAAGGGCAUACAGUCAGAAAAGAUUUUCUUACCAUCUCAGAGAAGAUACAGUUUCAGUUGUCUCAUCAUUUUCUGGCCCCUUCUCACCCUAGGAUAUUGGGAUCCCAUCAAGAACUAAUUCAAUCGUAUAAUCAGUUUCCACUGUCUUAUAGAAGUAAGAAAAAGAGUCAUGUCCAGAAAUAAAUUAACAGAUCAUUUCCCAAGAUCUAGACCCUACAUGUGCACAUUUUCUGCAGCAUUUUACAAACAAAACAAGUACAUACAGUCUUCUUCAUGUGCAAAA